AAGGAGCUCGCUGAGUGAUGAUCGCCUUUACUGCGCGCCCACUCGACCUGCCGUUGCAUUCAAGCCUCACACCCAUCCAGGCUCCGGCGCUUUAUAUACGGCCCUGCGCGCCGUCUUGUUUUGCCUCAGCACAGACCCGACCCCAGCAAGAAGCAACAUACGCCGGCGUCCGGCCUCGCUUGCUUGCUCCGCCGGCUACAGUACAGAACCUGCAGCGGCUUUUGUUGCUGGGAUCCGACGCCGGCCGGCAAGGCAACCGAUCGAGAUCGAAGCCAUUUUCGUGGAGGUGCGCGAGCGAGGAGUUGGUCUUCACCAUGAACGCGCCGACGUCGUGGCUGUUCACGGAUACGUCCAGGUACAGCACCCGCUCCAGGCUGCUCUUCAUCGGCCUCUCCUUCGCCAUCGGCAUCGCCACCUUCCUCCUCUACCUCGCCGUCUGGUACGCCUGCCGCAGCCGCCGCAACCAGCUCCAGAACGCCGAGCGAGCGGACGAUCUGGAGGCCGGCGCCGCGUCGCCGGAGCCCGAGUGCCGCGGCAUGACCGACACCGCCAUCGCCGCUCUCCCCACGUUCAAGUACGAGGUCCCCGCCGUCGUCCCAGGGGCAGUUGCCGACGACGACGCGCAGGAGGCGCCGACGGCGGCGGACUGCGCGGUGUGCCUGGGCCAGGUGGAGGCCGGCGAGACGGUGCGGCGGCUCCCCAAGUGCGCGCAUUUGUUCCACGCCGAGUGCGUCGACGCCUGGCUGCGCGCGCACUGCACUUGCCCCAUGUGCCGCGCCCCCGUCGGCCCGCCUUCCGCUGCCGCCUCCAAGAAGGACGGCACCCCGCCGGCGGAAGCGCCAGCGGCGGCGACGGCGACGGCGGUGGCGCUGCCACCUGUCUAGGCUCGCGCGCCUAGCUUCAUGGGGAAGAGUGUACUGAGCCAUUCCAUGAUUGAAGAAUUAAUAGCUACGUACAGCGAUCGGUCGACGAUCGACUAUACGAAGCUAGCUAGAGGAACGUAGCCUAGGAGUAGGACGAUGUACGUAGAGGCCUAAUUAUUCGAGGACAUUUGUUUGGUUCGUACUAGUAUAUACGUACGUGUACAGGAGUAUCUGUGACGUCGAUUGUUCUUGUUGUAUUUGUACUUGUAGGCGUAGCUAUUCUGAUUUUUUUUUU